CAAGGGGAAACACUGUUUUUGGGUCAGGGGUUAUAUUUAGGACUGAGGUGUGAAUUGAAUUUUGGGUAGGGUUGGGGUUGGAUAUGGAAUGGUCAGGGUUAGGAUAAGGGUAAGGUUUAAGCUGUAGAAAUGAAUGGAACUCAAUGAAAAGUCCCCACAAAGAUAGUCACGCAAAUGUGUGUGCGUGCGUGUUGGUAUGUAUGCGUGUCUUUUGCAGAGCCAGCUUGUAAUCAGCUGUUAAAGUUGGCUCUGAUGUAUCACAGCAUUUGAACGCACCGCAGUGAGCCGGACAGUGCAGAGCUUUCAGAGCUACUCUUGCUGGAGCAGCACUAGUGACAUUGGAAGAGGGAAUAAGGAAGACAGUGAUUCAGCAUUUGCAGAUAACAUUUACCAGCUGUAGACAUUGUGUUCAUUUGCACUGCUUGCUAUUCAGAUUCUAGUGACUGAGUUUGGGAGCUGCCUCUAGAAAAGGUAAGCAUGAAGAGGUUUUAAGAUAUUAUCAGUAUCUACUCAUUAUUAACAUCAAUUUAACAACAGCAGCUGAGAAUUUAAUAACUUAUCAUUGACAUAUGUGGAAAACAUCUUAGUGUUUUGGGCUCUUUCUAGAUAGUUUACUGUAUGUGUCAUUAAAACCAUAUAAUUAAUGAUAACAUUGUUAAAUUCAUUGUUAAAAAACAUGAAUUUUCAGAAAUUUACUGACUAAACUAAAACAGUAGUGAUUGAUAAAUCACUACUACUUUAGCAGUAUAGCUUUAAACCAAUAGACUGACAUCGUUUUUUGCUAAUAUCAUUAUUAGUUAUCUUGACUUUUGGUGAUUGUUGUAAAUUAUACAUGUUAAAAAAAAGUUACAUCUUUUAGUAGAUUAUGUGAUAAGGAUCCCGACCAACGCAUGCUGUGUGUAUGACAGUAACAAGACCACAUCCAUCACCACCUUGUAUAAGCUUACAGAAUGCAAAUUUAACACUACACACGUACAUGAGAUGAUUGAGCUGGGUCUCGCUGAUGGGAGCCUCAUCGAUGAGCUGAUGGAGCUGACGGCGCAGAGCAUCGGUCAGCUGGAGAUCCAGGAACAUUUCAACAUCGUCAAGGAGAUCGGACGUGGAAAAUAUGGCAAAGUGUUGCUGGUCACUCAUCGUUUUAGGGGGACUCCAAUGGCCCUGAAAGUGAUGCCUAAAGCCUCCACUAAAUUGCAGGGCUUUCUACGAGAGUACUGCAUCUCCUUACACCUGUCCUGCCACCCCUGCAUUGUGGGCCUGUUUGGCAUCGCCUUCCAGUCUAAAGAGCACUACUGCUUCGCCCAGGAGCUGGUUAUCGGGAGGGAUCUUUUUGCCGUCAUCAAGCCAAAAGUGGGCAUCCCGGAGUCGUCAGUGAAACGCUGCGUCCUCCAGAUCUCCAGUGCGCUGGAGUUCAUCCACAGCCACGGUCUGGUCCACCGGGAUGUCAAGCCCGAAAAUAUUCUGCUGCUGGACACUCACUGCCGUCAGGUCAAGCUGGCAGACUUUGGUCUCGCCCAGAAGAGAGGAACCCUCAUACGCUUCAUCACAGGGACUUUGCCAUACAUGGCCCCAGAACUUUGCAGCGUGGCUCUGCUGGACAAUCAGAAAGAGGUGACAGUGCCUCCUCUGAGCGUGGAGCCCAGCCUGGACACCUGGGCCUUUGCAGUGGUCAUCUUCUGCAUCCUCACUGGUUACUUCCCAUGGGAGCGUUGCAUGGACUCGGACAGCUUCUACCAGGAGUUUGCCGACUGGUGCGAGUCGAAGAAGAAAGUUUAUGUGGAGGAUGACAUCCCUCCUCUGUGGAGGAGGUUCACCCCAGAGGCUAUGGAAAUGUUCAGUCUGCUUCUGGCUCCAGACGCAGUGCAGAGGAGUUCAGCAGGAGCAGUGAGAGCGUAUGUGGAAAAAGACUGGCUGAGAAAAGACCAUGGCAACCAGCUGCUCUAGAUAAAUGUACAGUGUGUCUUUAUUUGAAUGCAUGCUCUGCAGGAAAAUAUAUUGAUUAAACCAAAAAAACUGAGGUAACAGUUUGUGUACUCACGUCAUAAUUAAACGACAAAAAUUAUUAUUCAGUUGGAAGUUCUAAUGUGGCUUACCAAAACUAGACAGCAUCUGUAUAUAAAUCUUUAUUUUUUUCCCUUUAGAUAAUGGAAGGUGAUGUAGUGACAGUGAUUUUCUGCCAACAGCCAUCAAUAUCUACAAUAACUCUUUGAAAAAUGUAAUUAAUAUGAGUUACAACUACAUUUAAUUUAGAACAACAUUUCUGAUUCAAACGGAUGAAUCAGAAACCCUUGAAACAAAGACAUUUGAUUUGGUCCAAAACAUUAGCUAGUCAUGUGAAAAUCAUCUCCUGAAUAGCUCAUGUAUAGCUACUGUAUUUUUAUAACAUUAUAUUGUUUGAAAUUAAUAGUUCAAGUCUAAUAGGUGCAGUUUUGUUGUAUGUUAUGUGAAACAUGAUUUUAGUUUAAGCAAUUCACCUGGACAACAUGGAUGCUGAUGUUGCCAGCGGUAAAUUAAAAUGACCACAGGACAUUUUCCAGUUUUCUUACGUUUAUGGACAACUCUGAUGAACAGAAACCUUUAGUCCUGGAGUUCUUUUUUUUUUAAAGACCCUGAAAGAUAAUUUUUAUCUUCUGUCUGAAAAAGUGUGGCUCUGAACUUUAGGGGCCUUUGAAUUUCUGUGGCCCUGAUCUCCCUCAUGUCUGCAUCGGGUCGUGGAGGGCAGGUGUGUGGCUGUUGUAAACCUUUUAUAAAUAAGGACACACACACACACACACACACACACACACACACACACA